AAUUGUAAACAAGUCGUGGCCAAGAACACACCCCGGCAUUUGUCAUUUUCCUUUUUAUAGAUAUGAAUAGUAUAUUAUACUAUAUAUAGUUCGGAUGUACAAAGUAAUUCAUAAUUCCCAUUGAAUGAAGCACACCAUUAAAUAUCAGUUCUUUCUAUAAUUACAAAGAUGUCCUCUCAGUCAUUUGAACAAACUACGGAGCAGGUGUUGUUGGAACCAUACAAAUACAUCUGUCAAAUUCCUGGUAAAAAAAUAAGGAGUAAGCUGGCAGAGGCAUUCGACCACUGGCUCAACAUUCCACCUGAAAAACUGGCAAUAAUAGGGGAAGCUACUCAGAUGUUACACAACGCCAGUUUAUUAAUAGAUGAUAUAGAAGACAGUUCUAAACUUAGAAGAGGCAUUCCAGUUGCACACAGUAUAUAUGGUGUACCACAUACAAUCAACUCAGCCAACUAUGUAUACUUCCUAGGACUGGAGAAGGUGUUAAAACUGGAACAUCCAGCAGCCACAAAGGUUUUUACAGAACAGCUGCUGGAGCUCCACCGUGGUCAGGGUAUGGACAUCUAUUGGAGAGACGCCAUUAUCUGUCCCACAGAGGACGAGUACAAAGCCAUGGUCACCAAGAAAACGGGCGGACUGUUUGGACUAGCGGUGCGACUGAUGCAGCUGUUUAGUGAUAACAAAAGUGACCUAAAACCAGUAUUAGAUGCCUUGGGUCUUUACUUCCAAAUCAGAGAUGAUUAUGCCAAUCUGAUAUCCAAAGAAUACGAAGCCAAUAAGAGUUACUGUGAGGACCUGACAGAGGGCAAAUUCUCGUUCCCAAUCAUCCACGGCAUCAGGACCAGUCCCAAUAACAACCAAGUCCUCAAUAUACUACGACAAAAGACAACUGAUAACGAUGUCAAAAAAUACUGUGUUGAGGUUUUAGAAAAACUAGGAUCUUUUUCUUAUACAAGAACGACACUUGAAGAGCUGGAAGAAAGGCUCCUGAAGCUUAUAGAGGAACAAGGCGGGAAUCCAAUACUUGUUAGCCUGAUAAAUGAACUAAGAAAGGUUUAUAGGAAUGGACAGUGAGUCCAGUGACCUUUGAACCUGACAUUAUGGACUUGUGCAAUCUCAGUGUAUUUUUUAGCGAUGAGUGUAGGGGAAACCAGAAGAUCCAGUAAGAUAAACAUCUACUGUAUCCAGUACACUAUAGAUCUACUGUAUCUGGUACACUAUAGAUCUACUGUAUCCAGUACACUAUAGAUCUACUGUAUCCCGUACACUAUAUAUCUACUGUAUCCCGUACACUAUAUACCUACUGUAUCCCGUACACUAUAGAUCUACUGUAUCCCGUAUACUAUAGAUAUACUGUAUCCGGUACACUAUAGAUAUACUGUAUCUGGUACACUAUAUAUCUACUGUAUCCAGUACCCUAUAGAUCUACUGUAUCCAGUAUACUAUAGAUCUACUGUAUCUGAUACACUAUAGAUCUACUGUAUCCUGUACACUAUAGAUAUACUGUAUCC